UAGAGAGGAGAACAAACUCAAGUGCUCAAGUGAAGGAGGGGGGGUUGAACCGAGGACGUGUGGCUUCUUGGAAAAAAAAAAAAAAAAGUGGCAUCUGUGUGAGGGAGUCUUCUUGCUGGUCAUCAGCCACUCUGGACUUCAUACAACCAGCGAGACUGUCGCUCAAUUAAUCCGGAUUCUAACUUGCUUCCAAGUUCUUAACCAUGAGGACAAACGUAUGGAUUUACCAAGCUUUGGUGUGUGUUGUGGUCACUAUAUUGGAUACAGGUUUUUGUAGAAAGAAUCAUCAGUCGUUACAGAAGUAUGAGAAGACUGAGGGUCACAUGCUGGUUUGCACAGACUGUCAGCCCCCUUUGGUACGAAACAGCCGAUCGCAGGAACACUGCGCCCGCAAGUGCAAAAAGGUCAAGAAGAACUUCAACUGCAGGGCUUUCAACUUUCAGCGGCAUAACAGGAAAUGCCACUUGCUUCCCUUUGACCGGUUCACCCACGGUGCGCAGAAGCAGGCCAACGUUAACUUUACUUUGUAUGAAAAAAAAGAUUAUAUAAGGGAGUGCAUCAUUGGCACCAAGGACAACUACAGAGGGAGGAGGUCUUGGACGAAGUCAAACAUCACUUGUCAAGCUUGGGCAGAUAAUAACAUCAAUGAACACACGUUCUAUCCUGAUAGGUACCCAACGCAAGACUUGAGGGAGAACUUCUGUCGGAAUCCUAACAACGACCCCGGUGGUCCAUGGUGCUACACCACUGACCCCAAUGUACGAGCUGAGGAGUGUGGCAUACCACAGUGUUCAGAGGACGUCUGUGUGACUUGUAAUGGUGGAGAUUACCCGGGCAAAAUGGACCAUACAGAGAGUGGCAAGGAGUGCCAGAGAUGGGACUCAUCAAGGCCUCACAAACACCACUUCCAGCCCAAAAAGUAUCGGGAUAAGGAUUUAAAGGACAACUACUGUCGUAACCCAGAUAAUCGUCUUCGUCCCUGGUGCUACACAUUGGAUCCCAAAACUCCGUGGGAGUACUGCAACAUCACUGUGUGUGAAUCUGACUCAGGUGAGGACACAGAUGUCAAUGUCACAACAUCCUGUGUCCAGGGAAAGGGCACAGAUUACCGAGGCACAAUGAAUGUCACUCCGGAGGGUGUGACAUGUCAGCGCUGGGAUUCCCAGUUUCCUCAUAACCACUCAUUUCUUCCUCAGAACUUCAAAUGCAACUUGUGUAUGUGUUAUAGAGACCUCAGAGAGAACUACUGCCGUAACCCUGAUGGUGCCCAUUAUCCAUGGUGCUUCACUACAGACCCUAAUCAGAGGAUAGCCAACUGCACCCACAUCCCCAGGUGUGAUGCUGAGGCCACACAAAAAAUAGAGUGUUAUGAAGACAACGGGGAGUCAUACCGGGGCACUUUAUCCAUAACUCGAUCAGGGAUUCCCUGUGCAGACUGGUCACAUCACAUAAACCGUGGGGAUUCUCACUCUACAGAAUCCCAUGUAGGGCUGGAGAGGAACUACUGCCGAAACCCAGACCGGGACAAACAUGGCCCCUGGUGUUACACCAACCCAAAUAACCGUUUGGUCUGGGACUACUGCAAACUGAAGCACUGUGAAUCGGCUACAGUGGCUCCUCAACCAAACAGUCUAACUAGGCCCAAGAUAUCAUGCUUUGUGCAUAUAAACACCAGAAUUGUUGGAGGACACGAAGUGCGAGGUACAGAUGGCAGCUGGGUUGUAAGCAUCCAAAGAGAGGGGAUUCAUUUGUGUGGGGGCUCGUUGAUCAGAGAAGACUGGGUUUUGACGGACCAACAGUGCUUCACCUCCUGUGUUCCAGACCUCAAGGUUUAUAGUGUGCAGGUUGGUCUGCGCCAUCUCAAUGAAUCCUCAAAACACCCAAGACUACGCAUCUCACGCCUGAUCUGUGGCCCAGAAGGAUCCAACCUGGUUAUGCUGAAACUAGCAGAUCCUGCCCCUGUGUCUGAAGGUGCCUCAACUAUUCAUCUUCCAGUAAAAGAGUGUCACAUCCCCGAAGACACCAACUGCACCAUGUAUGGAUGGGGGGAAACCAAAAAUACAGGACACGAUGAGACGCUGAACGCUGUGACCAUGCCUAUGGUCAACAAUGACAGAUGCGCACAAAUCAAAGGGGAUGCUGGGGAGAGCAGGAUAUGUGCUGGUGGCAAGAGAGGAAAAGGCGUAUGUGAUAAAGACUAUGGUGGUCCAUUGGUUUGCCAGGAACAUGAGCGCAAAGUCAUCGUCGGUGUGAGCAUCCAAAGGACAAAAUGUGCCUCAUCUCAGCCUGCGCUCUUUGUUAACGUUGCUUUCUACACUGAGUGGAUAUACAAAGUCUUCAAACUUUACCCCAGUUUGGAGAGGAACUGAUGUUGUGGUGUGAAAAUGAACUCCAUGCACGACUUUACCACAGCAUACAAAAGGAGGGGCGGCUUUAGGCCAGCAAAUUCCAAGACUUCUCCGGCGUGGACCACGGGGGAGAAAUGAGGAAAAAUCACCUUAUGGAAAGUGGUCCAUUUUGGGAUUUUGUGGCUGAAUUUGUUAUUUUACAGAGAUGACAGAGAUUAGUGACUGAAGACUGGAUAAACCAAAUGGAAACUAAUCCGUUCUUCCACUUUUGCGAACAAAGACAUCCAGGUUGUUAGCCUUAAUGUCAUUUUAACCAACCAAAGUUUCUGGCACAUGGACGGCAUACUAAUUGUAUUUUGACAUGUUCAGAGUUUCUGAAGCCAUGCAAACAAAGACAAUGAGAAUGACACUUGUGACUCAGUAUUAUCUCCUGGAAUCUACUUGAAUAUGGACAGAAGCCAGUUCUUUGGUGGUUACCGCAUGAUGUAGCCUCCUGGGACUGGGAUUUCUUGUUUUUUUUAUGUGUUGAGCUGGACUGCAAAGCCUAUCCUUUUACCUCCAACACAAAUGAUGUGAAUGAAUAACGAUGGGACUCCUUUAUGUCAACAAACCUACUAAUCUGGUCAUAAAUUUUAGGAUAUCACAACAAAAAAAUGAUUAUUAAUGUUAUUCGGCUACUAAAGAAGUCCAACAGAACACUCCAAAAAGCUAAAAUGCCAAAAAGGAGGAAAGCAUUAGCAUGAAAAGAUCAUUAUUAACUCACUAUUAGGUCAUCAGAUACUAAAAGUUCCCAUGUGAAAAUGGUGAUUAAUUAGUUAAAAUUCUGAGAUUUUGGCUUCAGAUAUAUCCGUAGCUGAGAAUAUGAACUCGCUGCUUUCAAAGCUGACUGCAGCAGCCUUGGCAAACCUUGCAGUGCUAAUUGUGUGCAGUAGCUGGACUACCUUUUCCCCAGUUAGCUGUAACUGUUAGUUUCCCCGUGAGAGGGUCUUAGUAGGACUGAGCAAACUGCUCCAAAUCUUAUGCUAAUAUUUGUAGCAUGAGAGAGAGAAGAGCCAUGCCAAAUACAACAUGGCUAUUUGGUCUCCAGUUUGGAGGGAACUUUGGCCCCUGGUGGGCUGUGUGUGGUCAGUAGGAUAUUUUAUACUUUUUUUUUGUUUCAUGGAAAGCGACUCCUUAUGUACAUAACUGCAGAUUUAUUGAAUAUGUUUCUGUUGUGCUGUAAGAUUUUAUAGGUCUUAUAGAUCUGGAAUAUUUUUGGUUCACUGAGUAAGUAACAUCAGAUCGGCUUCUUCUUUGUGCCUCUGAUUAUGUUCAAUAUUUAAUGAGACUGGUAGCUUGUAAGUAGUAGUUAGGUAUAUUUAUUUGUUUUUUUUUUUAAUUUGCAGAAGACAUCAUUUGAAAAGAAUCCAGAUUUUUUUUUUUAUGAUAUUCAGAUUUUUGUUUUUUUGUUCUGACCCCAAAAUAACUGGGAUUGCAUGUUUGACUCACAGCCACACAGACAUAAAAUAACACAUCACAGUAGGUCACAGAAUGCGUCAUAUGGUUUAAUGUCUUUAUUCAAGAGUGCCUGUUGUGGGCUAAAUUAGUAUUAUUCAAUGCAGAUUUUAAUAUGCAACACAAACACGCACAAAUACGAACAUAUAGUAUAUUAUAAUGAUGUGCUUUAAUGUUAAAAAAUGCGACAAACAGAUGUUACAAAACACAUUGGUGCAAAUAGUUAAGACACAAGGAAGUCAGUCAAACCAAACAUCUUACAUCAAGAGCUUGCAAUUAGUCAAACCGCCAAAAUAAAACAUAAUAACAAACCAAUGCAGGUGAUGCAUAAGGAGUACAUUAACCCUGCCCAAAUGACCACACAUGAACUUACGCUGAUGGCGGUAUUUCAUUUGAAAACGGUUAUGUUUCUUUCACCUUCCUUUUAUGUUUAUGCCUAUUUCUGAAUUAGCCAGGCGACGCUUACAGCCCUAAAUGAUGUAAGUGUUCCUAUGAUUCCCUGUUACUCAGCAUCAACAGCACUUUUACUCGUUUGUGUGGCUCCUACGAGUCAAACCAUGUAUUUUAUUCUCAGCUCUUAGAUGACUGUUCUGACUGUCACAACAUUUAAGGAGCUUUAAUACAAUUCAUUUUGGACCAUUUUGCCUUUGGCUCAAGCAUUUUAAAGACUGCAAUUGUAUACAAAAAAAAGUUAAGUUAUAACUGUGGCUUUAAUUGAACUUUGAGGACAAACGCAGUCCUCUGAUAGACUUGCACAGGUUACAAUCAAAGGUCAAAGUCAAUCAGGUAAUAAUUUAAACAAAGAAAGCUUCAUUAAAAGCAACUGGCAAAAGACAGGUGGAACCAAAUACGACAUAUUCUUGGCUAUCGAUCAGUUUUCUGUGCUCUUAUGUUAUUUAAUUGACCUUUUUGUAAAUAGCCCAGUGCAUCCUGUAAAUUACAAUUUGUAAUUUUUGUAAAUAUUAUACUUAAGUAUUUUUACUUCAUGAUCAUUUCUGUUUAUAUGUUUGUAUACUGUAAACUUUAAAUAUAACAGCUGCUAUUUUGUGUUAGUGAGUUGUUUCAUAUCAAUGAACUUUUUUUGUAGCCUUUGUAUUAUUCCUAUUUUAAUAAACAA